CAACUUUGAAGCAGCCGGCACACCAGCCAGCUCUGUUACCGACCACCUCUCACGCGACAUCUUUCGACCUCCAAAAUUUCCCCUCCCGAUACACGUAGUAUCUCCCUCCAUCUAUACAUCAGACUCGCCGCCUCGAGUACCGGUACCACAAAGCUUUGUAGUAACGCCAAUCAUAUCCUCUUACCUAUCCAAACUUCCAGCAUUAUCUCCUUGUCGCACGCGCGCCGCAGACAGCCGGCAUCUCCGUGUUUCCCCUCUUUCCGCCGCAUCCCAAGCUUAGGUUCUCAGCUUCCAAGCUACCUGCCUUAGCUUACCGAGACAGCUCCAGCCUCUCUUUUCCGCGCUUCUGUCUCUCUACACACGUUAACGUCAACGUCGGCUCCUCUCUUUCUCAUCGGCUACUGAGAAAGGUACACGCCGCGGCUCAGCGUUUCCCUUUCUUUCGCUGCUGCUGCUGCUGCUGCUGCUGCUGCUGCCGCCAUCCGCUCUGCCUCUUCAACUUCUGCCGGGCUUCGCUACGACUUUGGUUCGCCCUACGACCUACCUUAGUCGCGUCUCUUCUCAUCCUCCUCCUCUUUCUCACUGCUGCCCUCCUCUCCCGAGAGUCUCCUCAUCUCCAUCAAUUCCCCGCCUUUUGCUCUCCCACCCCCUCCCUGCCAAUUCACUUGGACCUCGCUGCCAUUUUAUCCAAGGUUGUUAUUGUUUGAGCCGAGUAACUACGCCUUGGUUGUUCACGCUCAAUCUUCGCAUGCAUGCUUGUUUGUGUCCUCAGCCCGACGCACAAACAUCCGUACACAUUGCCGCAACAUCCCAUCGCACACACACACGCACACAUCUCCUUCAUACUCGACCUCGCUCUGCCUGUAUCCUUUGUGUCACUCGUGGUGCCGUGACACCAGUACUUCCCUUCUUCCCCAAAUCUUCUCCUCCUCCUCGCGCCCAAUUUUUCUCGCAACUUGCCCACCCUACCUAGGUAUUACCACUGCAGCCGGGACAUCCCACUCCGAAUCCCAACUCCUCACUUCCCUCCCGCGUCUCCCGCAUGCUUUGCGGUACCGGUUGAUUCGAGUUGCAAACGCCGGCCGCCACCGCCCGUGGACGCUUACGCCUACCAAGAGACAUCUGAGACUCGCUCACGCCAGGCUUGCAUGGAAAGAGACGAAAACGGGGGGUUAGCAGAGGACCGUUGUUAGAACAAUUCUCCGUUGCUGCUCUUCGCGAGACCCUGAAAGCUGUCUCAACAACAAUCAUCUUCAUAUCAUACACACACCGCACCCCGCAAAGUAUCCCUUUCAAGCCCAACUCUGCUUGCUCCGCCUACCUUACCUCCUCCAUCUCCCCCACUUUCUCGUGCUGUGUGACCUCGGUGGUCCUCGAGCUAUCUAUCCUAUUACCUAGCCGAGCACACAGUACCCUUCUUUUCCCCCUUUACCUAUCGCUCCUUUGGGUAGCGUUUGCACAAAAUGAUGCCACUCCAAUCCAUAGAGGGGCAGCCUCAUGGAGGCUCUGGCAUAGCUGGGGAAAAUGGUGAGGCCCGGCAACAAAAGCCCAAGACGUUGCCGUGCAAGUAUUGCAGCAAGCGCUUCAGGCGUGUGGAGCAUGUCCAAAGACACGAAAGGACACACACCAAAGAGAAGCCCUUUGCCUGCGGCUGGGCUCGCUGUGGGAAAACGUUCGGACGACGUGAUCUCCUUGUCCGCCAUGAGAAGCUCGUUCACCUCAACGAGGGCAGCAAGGAGAAUAAUCGGCCAAGAAAGACUUCAUCUAGCACACACAAUCCGCCAUCUUCCUCCGACAGCCAUGUCGAACACGAAAUGCUGGGCGUCCAGCGCCAGCCUCAGCCCCAGUAUCACCAGGAGUCAAUAACGGCCGUGGCAUCCACCAUGGCCCCAGAUCCUCGCAUGCCAGGCCCGGCCCGUGCCGCUGCCUGCAACCUCGAUCUACUUUCUGAUGCGGCUCUGGCCAGCGAAGUAAACCCCAUGCAGCAACCCAUGAUGGCUGAGAUGGGACGUCCGCCUUCCGAUCAUACGAGGAUUAAGUCCUAUGAUGAGUCGAUGGGGUAUCCCGAACGGCCACGGGAGGACCAGAACAUGCUAGCACCGGGAUACGUCCCUCAGCCCCAAGCAGCACCUUACGACGACUAUCACAUUUUCCUCGACGACUUUGCGCCUUCUUCGCACUACUUGCCGCCCCCGUUUGAGUCUGAUCAGCAGAUGGGGGGACUGUGGCCCCGUGGCGAUAUGCAUCACCGUGGCCCGUCCAAGCCAUCAUCGCAGUUUCCGUCACGGUUCCCUUCGGUUCAGCCGGAUGGUCGGGAGGGUAUGGAAGGUGGUACAAGGAGCCACGAAGAGUCAAUGAGAGCACCCCUUCGUAUCUCUGCCGUCGACCACACGGUCAUCAAGAACCGACUGGAGGAAUUCUCAUCGGUCAUUCCAAACGACUUUGUCUUUCCGUCCAGACAUACACUCACUCGAUUCCUUGAGGGAUAUAUCAGCGGUUUCCACGAGUAUCUCCCGUUCCUGCACAUACCCACGUUGACGCCCGCUGAGAUGGCACCGGAGCUUCUUCUGGCCAUCUUGGCUGUUGGUGCACAGUACCGAUUCGAGAGCCACCGGGGUCACGCGCUGUGGUAUGCUGCAAAGGCUGUUGCGCUCGAGCAGAUUCGAAGGAGACAUAGUCAUGAGGUACAUGCUCUUCUACCGACGCCCGCUGCGUACAGCCCGCACUCGACCCGACCUUCUCCCAGCUCUGGCUUUAGGCAUACCUUUGCCUCGGCACAGCAGGAUCGCCCGAUGACACAGGACACUCACCGCGAGCCAUUCUCGCCAAACACCCCACAAGCUCGUCUUGAGACCACACAGGCUGUCCUGCUGCUCUUCGCAGUCGGGCUUUGGGGAGCGAAAGCAAUCUUGCAUGAGGCUCUAUCUCUUCAGAGCCACCUUUCUAUGCUCGUUCGCGAAGAGGGCCUGAUAGCCGAGUCCAGCCCGGCCGUAGCACCGGAUUGGGAGACUUGGAUUCGACUUGAGGGAGCUACACGCACGAAGCUCAUAGCUUACUGCUUCUUCAACCUGUGCAGUAUUGCGUACAACAUGCCACCUCUUAUCCUCACUUCGGAGCUUGGUCUAUUCUUGCCCUACCCGUCCAGGCUGUGGAGAGCUGAAUCGGCAUGGCAGUGGCAGGAAGACAGACAAAACUAUCCUUCUGUCGAAAUCACCGUCCACGACGCCUUCUCCAGAGUUCUGACGACUUCUCCCCAGGGCUUGCCUCCGCACAUGUCAUCCCUUGGAAACUAUGUCCUUAUCCACGCAUUGCUUCAGCACAUUUACCUGCUGAAACAAACUUCAUUCGCACUCAGCUCGCCGUUUGGGCCACAGAGGGGAUUGAAGCCGGAGGAUGUGGAAGAGGUCACUGCUGCACUGAGGAUAUGGCAGGUGAGCUUCGAACACCGACACCAAUUGAGGGCGGCCGACGCGGGGCAUGUGGGCAACAGCGACUCGUUCCCGGGUGGUCCGGUAGCGUUCAACUCUACCGCACUCCUGCGCUUGGCAUAUAUCCGUCUAUACACCGAGAUCCCGCCCAACCGAUCCCUCGAGACCAGGGAUCACAUGCUAGUUGCUUCGUCGUUGAGCAAUAUGCCCCUCCUUGUCCGUACGUUGAGGUUGCAUAGAGCCGUGUUCCAGGCCAUUCAUGCUUUGUCCAUGUUGGUCAAGGCCGGCGUCAACUAUGUUGCGAGGACCAAGAGCCUGGAAUGGAGCAUUCAACAUUCCUUGUGCAACUUCGAAUGCGCCAUUCUCUUAUCUAAAUGGCUCCUUACUCUCGCAUCGAUCGGACCGAAUGAUCCCCCUGCGACCCCCGAAGAAAAGAAUCUCCUACAAUCGGUCAGGAGAAUGCUGGACGAGACGGAAUUUGCUGUGCCCAUCGAUCCAUCCCUGGGUGGGCCUACCACCGGCCAACCUGCCAACAACGAGGUUUCUGCGAACGACAGCACAAGGUUGAGACAGCUAGCUGCAGCGGUUAUCAGGCUCUGGGCAGAGACGUUCAAGGGCUCGCACAUUUUCGACAUGGUCAGAGUAAUGGGAUCAAGCCUGGAUGGGUAUGCUGAUUUGGUCGAGAAGCCCCGCGACAGAACACCCCUGGGACGCAUUGCCCAUGACCCAAAUCUCGGAUGAAGUGGUCGGACCCCAGAUGGCAAAGUAUUUGGUUGAGGCCGUUGCACUGCAUGGCUUGCACGGUUUUCGACGGAGUAGCGGCAUCAUUGAGGCUUGAUGUCGGUCGACCUCUCAGUGCCAAGACAUGAUUUCUCCCGAUGCGGUUGUUUGCAGGGCAUGGAGUUUCCCUGUCGCAUGCGUGUUUCUCCGCGUUCGAAGACUGCAACAAGGCGGCGUGGUCACUGGUCCAGAUCUUUUUGGGAUGGAAAGAUGCUCUCAACGGCCAAAUGCGUUGAAUUGGAAUGCAGAAGUGGACGAAUCGAG